GUAGCUGGUUUUCGGUUACAGGAUCGACAUAUUUCUGAUGAACUGGCAAAACAAACCCAGUCGAAAUCCAAAACAAUAACUGGGUCUCCGAGAGAAGGCCGGCAAUGUGCUGUUCCCACGCCAAGGAUUCGUUUGGAACCCGGGGAUAAUUGUCUUGAAAGGAGGAAUGGGCCCGAGAUUCCCACGCUUCGCACAAGAUCUCGAAUCUCAGGUCCUGCAGGACCUACCUGCUGCCACUGACUAACGUGUGAAAUUUCGGAUCCUUGCACCUGCCUGCCUUCCGAGCGACGUGAUUGGCUGAGAUGCUGUAGCAUCGCUCCUGUCUCCCAAGAAAGUAUAAAUAGCGCCUCUAAUCUUAGUGACAGCAUCACACAGCAUCCGAACGUCGAAGCGAGAACAUCCCAGCACGCAUUCUACGCACUCACCACCAGAAAAUAUCUGAACGAAAUUCAUCUAAUGUCGGCCAUCAGCAAGCAGAAGACCCUCAACACCAUGUACAAAUCGAAAGUCUCGCCUUCGCGUCGCCUGAAGAAUCUGCUGAAGCCGCUGCUCGGUCAAUUCUUCAACAUGAAGAAGGAGCAGCCCAAGAGGAGCUCCUACAUCGCCUCCGAGGAGAAGGAGGCCGAGUUCGAGUGGCUCAGCAACGAUAUGGACAACAUGGCCAACGAGCAUCUGGAGCAUCGCCUCAUCGAGGAAAUCCGCCAGUGCGCCAAGGAAGAUGCCGUCAUCGUUUACAAUGAGAACGGAUCCGGGGAGCUGCACACCAUCGACCAGGAGGAUUACUAUGUACCAGUGCAUUUUGCCCGCACCAAUGCCGGCACCUUCUUCUGGACAUCGGUGCAACCCAAAGCCUGCGAACCCUAUGCCAUCGAAUGGAACUUCCUGGACCGUUGGGCUCAAGCUUGAACGAAGUAAUCGCCUGGAGCUGCAACUUCAACCUUGAACGAAAAAUGGGUUUUUUCAACUUUCGAUUGGGAUAACUUCAACUGGACUGGAGCUCGGUUCUCCAGCGGGAUGGGUACUCCAGAGUUUGGGCACUUCGACUUUGGGAUCAUCGAUCUUGGGCAGCGCUUUGCGGAAUUUCUAACACACUGGAAAAUCCCAAAAAGCGAUUGGGCAUCCACAGAAUAUUGUGGCGGGAGAUAUUCCAGCAAUUGCUCCUUUUUGCAGUGCAAAAAUGGAUUUCAAUUGUU